AUGAUUUUGGGUACGACUGUUCUGCCGCCGACAGAGCAACAAAAGCCAACGGAGCCUCCAAAAGUACCGGAAGUCCCGCAGGAAGAAGCGAAAUCGAAGGAAUUGCCUUCUAAUCAAAUUACCAACCCAGCAUUCGAUCCAGCGAUGUACAAAAAUUUCGUUCCUCAAGACGCCGUUCAACAAUACGUGAGUCAAUACUCCAACGGGCCCCAAUAUCCUUCCGCAGGUCCUUAUCCAACAUACACUGAAGCCUUAAUCCCGAGUUUCGAGAGCAUCAUCAUUCCCGCAACGGCUUUAGAGACCAAAGAAAAGUCUCAUCCCGGCUUUUUCGAUGGUUUAGUGCCCGUCGUUCGAACUCUCGUCUCGAUUGUCUCAAAAAUUGGGGGAACUUUGUUGUCAAUUGCGGGAGUUGUGAUCUUCGGAGGCAUCAUAACGUCCUUUUUCUGUGCUUUUACGCCAUUUUGUCGCAUUUCCUUCUUGGAGACGCCCGUUCAAUCGUUGCGCAACAACACAAUGGAGGCCCUCGACAAAGUUGGAACGGAAAUUACGACAGAACGGAUUCGCAGAGCAGCAGAAUUUGUCACAGCAGCCAUCGAGAAGUUUGAGAAUUUGCAAAAGUUGGCACGUGUGAGCAAGGCCUAUUAA